CCCUUACGUUAUGGGCUGGGCUGCUCACUGCUUGGCAUUUGCAUGGAUCCAGCGAGCCAAAGAGGAAUUUCCCAGAUAGGCGAUAUUUGUGGAUUUUCUGAUACUUAUGUGACUUAUAAACCAGCUGUCUUUCUACCCUGGAGGGGCACACGGCAGACAAAAUUACAACUAUUCAAAUCGAUCAAGAGAUCGCAUUGUCUCUAUAUCUCCUGGUGUAUCCACGUCUCAAAGCGACUGUCGCCAUUCAGACGUAUUGAUUGAUGUGCCGCUUUCUUCCAGGUUCCCCUCUAGCUCUUCAUAUCCUCCACCCGAAUCAGUCAGGGGCCGCAUCGAUGGCUGUGGCAUUAUUGUUCGGUUUAUUGAGGGCGCUCGGGGAAAAUCCCAGCUUCCAGAAGCAAUGGGUCGAACUUUCGCCCAUCACGAUUCACGAAACAUCGGCCAGUGUCGCGCGGUCUUGUCACUACCUAGUCACUACGCACCGCUACUGGGUGAUAGUCGGGUUCACCCUUGGGGAGGCGACUGCUCAGUGGAGUCCGAACCAGACUUUGAGUUACUCCAUUGUACUAUUUAUAAGUCGAUGUCCUCUCAAUUCUAUUUCCCCCCCUCUCCUCCUGCCGUUUCUUCGUAUUCCCCCGGUCGCAAUGGCAGCUCGAGUUUAUUUGACUUUAGAUAGAUGCGAGAUGCGGAGAAGAGCUGCCAUGGAGUGGCUGUUGGCGGUGCUUCAUGUUUCUCUAGGACUGCGUUUCUGCUGCAUGGUUCCUUGGACUAAAUCACCACCACCACUACUCCGUACUCACUAUUGACUUACUGAGUACUACUAAUCGCUGGGCGCUGCAGGUCGGAUGCCCAGUAAGGGACGCGCCGUGGGAUUUCUCUUCCGACCAGUUAGGCACCCCCGUUGAAUAGUUUACAACUUAACUCUUCGCAGUGGCCCCUUUCAAGCAAU